AUGUCUUCGGAGCAAUUACUUUAUCGACAAAUUGACGUUGUGCUGGCUACAUUAUCAUCACAAGGAGUGGUUAUCAAUAACCAACAAGAUUCGGCUAUACAACUGCGGAAACAAAGCAAGUCUCAGCUUUCGUCACCUACAAGAGAGCAUUUAGGAGAAGCAGGAAGAGGAAGAGGUGAAGAAGAAGAAGAAGAGGAAAGUACAAAUGGUGGCUAUUUUGGAGGAAUUUCUAGCUGCAUUGGUUUUGGACCAUCUUCAGUAUCCAGUCAUCAUGCCCCAAUACCAAAAUUUAUUGCUUACAAGUGCAUAUUGUACGUGGAACAGAAAAAUUCCACUAGCGAAGGACACAGCGAUGGAUCGGAUGAAAUUUCAAUUACAUAUGUCACACCAAAUCACCCUGAAUAUUCUAGCAAAGCCACUAAAGUAACAAUCAAUACCAUCAAUGUCCAGAUUCAAAAUUUCAAGCCGCUGCAACCAAAGUUUAAUGGUGAAGCCAAAAACUUGGUAAGCCAUAUAAUGAACAAAGCUUACCACUACCCAGUAAUGCAACAGCCACGCGUGCUCGUACUAAUCAAUCCACACGGUGGCCAAGGAAAAGGUACAAAAAUAUACAAUAACCACAUUAAACCAAUUCUACAAGCUGCACGAUGUAAAAUAACAUACCAAGAAACAAAGUAUUCGGGUCACGCAACAGAUAUUGCAAGAGAAUUAAAAUUGUCAGAUUACGAUGUUGUUGUAUGUUGCUCUGGUGACGGUAUCCCGCAUGAAGUCAUCAACGGACUAUACCAGCGUCCCGAUAAAGGACUCGAAGCCUUUAAUAACCUUAUAAUUACGCAGUUACCCUGUGGAUCAGGCAAUGCACUUAGUUUAAGCACUCUAGGCGGAUCAAAGUAUCCCGAGAUAGCCACCUGGAUGAUGCUCAAGUCAAAGCCAUCCAAAAUGGACUUGAUGGCAAUUACUCAAAAGACACAAGACAGCCCAUCAGGCUCGACAACAAAAUUAUCAUUUCUCAGUCAGUGUUAUGGUAUUAUUGCUGACUCUGAUAUAGGAACCGAGCAUUUGCGAUGGCUUGGCGCAAUUAGAUUCGAGAUUGGUGUGGCUCAGAAAGUAUUGACCAAUGCAACCUAUCCAUGUGAUUUGCACGUUGAGUUUUGGACAAGGGAUAAAGCUGCCAUUGCUCAGCAUGUUGAGCAACACUUGUCACAAUCCGAUAAUAAGUCAAAAACAAAACAAAAAAAUAAUGAAGAAGCAGCUGGCAUCAAGAGCACAAACGUUGCCGCGGCCCAUGUCAAUGGUAGCAGUAGCGACGAUUUCAAUGGUACCACAACCACUUCAGAAGAUCACACAAGCAAUAGUUUUCUUCCUCAAGUCACGCAAGAAAACCUUCAACUCUGUUAUCCGUCACUUGACCAGCCUCUUCCGCUGACGUGGCAGACACUACCAAAUUUAACUACUGAAAACCUCAAUAUUUUGUAUGUGGGUAAGAUGCCCUAUGUAUCACUGGAUGCCCAAUUCUUCCCCGCUGCACUUCCAAACGAUGGUUAUAUGGACAUGAUUGUGACUGAUACGCACACUACAUCGAUGUUGAGCCUAACCUCAAUCCUAUUAAAUGUUGAACAAGGCAAACACAUUGAUGAUGAGAAUGUCCUACACGCAAAAGUUAAGGCUUAUAGGUGCGUACCUCGUGUGAGUAACAGAAAUAAGAAUCACUACAUAUCUGUGGAUGGUGAAAGCUUUCCCUUUGAAGCAUUUCAAGUGGAGAUUUUGCCCAGAGUUAUGACUGGACUACUACAAGAUGGAAAAUUUACAGAAACACUGUUGACCAAGUGA